AUGGGGAAGUCGAUCGAACUAGUUAAGAUUCUUAAGAAGAGGAGGAUUAACAUAGCUUGUGUCCAGGAGAAUAAAUGGGUAGGAUCCAGGGCUAAAGAUGUAGAUGAAUAUAAGUUAUGGUUCUCAGGUAGGUCGAGGGAUAGGAAUGGGGUAGGCAUUUUAGUAGAUAAUGACUUAAGAGAACAGGUGGCAGGGGCUAAGAGGGUUAGUGAUAGGUUGAUGACGAUUCAGCUAGUCGUUGGAGGGUUUAUUUUGCACAUUAUUAGUGCUUACGCACCGCAAACGGGCUUCAGCGAGGAGGAGAAAAGACAUUUUUGGGAGGAUUUGGACGCGAUGAAGGGAGGUAUACCGUCCACUGAGAAGCAAUUCAUCGGAGGAGAUUUCAAUGGGCACAUUAGGUCAAUUUCAGGGGGUUAUGAUGAUGUGCAUGGAGGUAGUGGUUUCGGGGACAGGAACGGAGGAGGAAUUGCACUGUUGGAUUUUACAAAAGCCUUUGGGUUGGUGGUAGCAAAUUCGAGUUUCUCAAAGAAGGAGGAGCACUUGACUGGCUGA